AUGGAUAUUGAACCUAUUAUUAUUCCAAUUGAAGAACAUAAUAUAGAAAUUCAACAACAAGAAGAUGAUAUAGAAAGUGAUGGUUAUGAUCAAGUAUUUCAAUCGAAUGAAUUUUGUCGUUGGAGGAAAAAUUCUCCUUAUUUAUAUAAUGUGCUUUUUUAUGAAUUACUUGCAUGUCCAUCACCAACUGUUCAAUGGCUUGAUCAACAUACAAUUAAAGGUGAUCCUAAAUGUGAUUAUUAUCGUUUAAUUAUUGGUACACAAGGUGGACGUACACCAACUGAUUCUCGUAAUGAAUUAAUGGUUAUUGAAGUUCGUCUUCCUAUGUUAGAAUACGAUUUUUCUAAACACCCCGAUCAAGGUUUUGAUGAAGUAACUGGUGAACAUGGUGGAUAUGAAAUGGGUAUUCGAGGAUCAAUGCAUCCAUAUGUACCAAUGUAUCAUAUUGGUGAUGUAAAUAAAGCACGUGCUAUGCCUCAAAAUACAUUUAAAAUUGCAAGUUUUUCAUCGAUUAAUGACAUUUUCCUAUUUGAUUAUAGUAAACAUCCAAGUAAAUUAAAUCCAGAUGGUAUAUGUCGACCACAAGCUAUUUUACGUGGACAUACAGAUGAAGGUUUUGCUUUAUCAUGGCAUCCAAUGCAACAAGGUUUAUUGUUAAGUAGUGCUCAAGAUGGAAAAAUGUGUGUAUGGAAUUUAGAAAAAAUGUCUAUUAAUUCAACAACAACAACAGUUCAUAAUGGUAUUGAAUGUAAUACAAUAAUUGAACCAGUUGAAAUAAUUGAUUCUGAAAGAACACUUGUUGAUGCUAUUCAAUGGCAUCCAAAUCAUCCAGCUGUGUUUGGUGCAGCUGCUGCUUCAGGUACUUUACUUAUAACUGAUCUUCGUGCAUCAUCAGGUACAGCUGUACUUGUGGAACCAUUAAUUUCAUCAACAUCAACAUCAUCAUUAUCUUCAAAAACUCUACAAUUUCGUGUUAAAGUUCAUUCAGAUGAUUGUAAUUGUUUAGCUUUUCAUCCAGUUAAUGAAUAUGCUAUAUUAACUGGUUCAGAUGAUACAACAGUUGCUCUAUGGGAUAUGCGAAAUUUAUCUAAAGAAGUUCGACGUUUUGAACAACGUCAUCGUGAUGGUGUACUUGAAGUAUCAUGGAGUCCAUUAGCUCCAAGUAUAUUUGCAUCAAGUAGUGCUGAUCAACAUGUAUUUGUAUGGGAUCUUAAAUCAAAUGAUGAAAUUAUUUUUGAUCAUAAAGGUCAUGAUUCACGUAUACCUGAUAUAAGUUGGCAUCCAACACGACCCAUGAUUGCAUCUGUUGCUGAAGAUUCAUCAUUUCAAAUUUGGGAAGCAAAUAUUGUUGAAAGUCUUAUUAAUAGUACUUAA